GAUGUUCAACAAUACGUUGGGGGGGGGUGUCGAUGUCGUGAAUGUGAAUUGGGAUGUCUUGUCCUACUUCGAAUUGACGAAGACUAUGGUUGAGGAUUUGGAGUAUAUUUCCAUCGAGAAACUAUGGUACUUGACACCUGGGGAAAGUAUGGCUACUGGAUUGCAUGAAAGGGUGUACUUUGAGGCAACAAGGGAUCUUGGUGAGCUGGGUUAUAUGGGAGACAAUUAUGGCCAUUUUCCUGAAGGGGAAGAUGCAUAUGGAGACAAUUCAGCUGCACCUGAAUUUGCUCGGCUAGACGAAGAUGAUGCCCAGACAUCUGACUAGGAGUACCAUGAAAUAGAGUUGAUGCUCGGAGAAAAAGUAGAAGAUUUAGAGCAGAGCUUGAUGGUGAAGGAAGUUCAAUAGUGCUAGCAUUGAGGGUGGAUCGGUAGCGGAGACUAUGGAGCUUGAUGAGAGUUUGGAGAUUGAGGACAACAUUGUUAAGAGUGAGGAACAGAGGAACGUGGAUCAGGAGAUCAAUGCUGAAGGAUCAGUUGAUACGGAGUAUAGGGCCUCUGAAGAUUCUGCUCAUGUUAGAGGGAUUAUUGUUGAAGAUGAAGGUGCUACAAGU